AGUGUCACCCUGUCUAGAUUUCUUAUCUCCCUAUAUGUAGCUUUAUGAAGCUAGAUUGUGGAAGUUCAAGAAAGUUAUCAAGAUUUAUGUUUACCAGUGAACAGCAUAGUUUUGAAUAAUAGUUUUGAAUUGAUAACUUCAACCCUUUAAGGCUGAAAGUUUCAGCUUAAUGGCAAAGGCUAAACUUUAAAAACCAAAACAAACUGUUCAGGUUUUUCCUCAAUUAAUUUUGUCAAAGGACAGUCUGUGUUAAAUAAUAAACAAUCAUGGGUGGAUUCUUUUCAACACACACUGCUGUUGAAAAAACAUUUCGCAAGAACCAAGAAUAUAUCAGCGAGAUGAAUAAACUUAAGAUGGAACGAUGGAUUCAAAUGCAAUACCAAAUAAAGCAAAGAGAAAAAGCAUUAGAGAUAGCAAGGAAUCGAGAGUUGUUUAUUUGGAUGUUUGGAUUUUAUGUCGUAGCUGCAUCUGGGAUUGUUUCAAAAUUUGCUCGAGUGAAACGCCCAGCAGUGUUGACUCCUCUUAUUCCUCUAUCGUUCAUCACACUUUAUGUUGGUGAUUUGGGUUACGGGUCAAAACUUCAGAGAAUUCAUGCGGAAGCUGAGAUGAUUAUGGAACAUGAACAUGAACUUCUUAAUUUCCCAAUGGGACUCCCAACAGUUGCAAGCAUUGAUGCUGCUAGAGUUGAAUUGGACGAAGAGAGACGUCUUCAUCCUAAUCAUAUUUAAGUUACCAGACAGACCAUCCAAUGAUACGAUAACGUUUUAGUUUGGAACGUUCACGAAAUAUUCACAACAAGGUUCAACAUAAUUAAACUCGAAUAAAUUCAUACUUUUGUCGUUAAUGCUGUUUCUAUGUCGAGAUACUUUUAAUAAGAAAAAUUGAAAUUACGAUUACCAAACGUUUGGAAUUUUCAGCACAAAUUUAUAAAUUUAUAAAUGUUCUUUAACAAUAAUACUCGUGUCUUGCCGUCAUUUAUGAACAAAAGAAACAUGCGAAAGUUCUUAUUGUGAAGUGAAAAAGGUUCUAAAUAAUUAAGAUACUUAAAAUGCAUUUACAUACGUAGAAUCAAGAAGCUUUUCAUUUUCAUUGCAAAUCUUUAAUUGAAUAGCUUUGAUAUUUUUAAUUUUUAUCAGUUGUUAAUUAUUAAAGAUUUAUUAAAAAUAUUGCAAACUUUCUUCGAUUUUAAAUCUUUAAACUUUUAUUUGAAACUCAAAAAAAUCUUUAAUCAGUUUAACAAUCAAUUUGACUUGAAUGUUUUGUGCGAUUUUAUAACGAAAUCAAACUUAUGAAUGUGAUUUAUGCAAUAAAAAUAUGAAUAGAAAAUAAUAAACUUUUAUAACUCUUCGUUAGUUCCUGACGACUUCUCGGGUUUGGAGAACUUGAACGAUCCGAUAAUGUUAAUUUUUUGAUUGAUUUCUUCGCGCUUCUUAUCAGUCAUCUUGUUUUUCAAAAGUUUUGUCAUUCGUUCGUGUUGGUUGAGAACAAAAACUUCACCUUUCUCAAUCACACCGUUCAUCAAUGUUGUAUAAGUUUUUGAAAGUUUUUUAUUCUCUUCCUUCUCCAUGUUUUCAAUGAAUUCUGCAGCUUCUUUUACAAUGUCUUUUCUCUUAUCAGGUUGAUUGACGAAUUCCAUCGCCAUCUCAUCCAACUCUUUGGUACAUCCAGGAGCCAAAAUUGGGAUUUCAGUGUUCGCUUUUAAAAAUUCAUAAAGCCGUGAAAUUGUAACC